AUGUUGAGACCAAUUAAGAAGCAAGCCCUUAGAAAUGAGCAAGCAGAUGAAGCAGCCUACUUAGCCCACCUGGCAGCACAGAGGAAUGCUAGUGCCUUCUUUGAGAAGUACGAGCGAAGUGAGCUUCAGGAAUUACUUACCACUUCGUUCUGCAGCUGGUUGGCAUCCAAAGACGACAUGCGUCAUCCAUUAGAACUUCCCAGUGGACUUCUGAGUCAGAUGAAAAGCAUCAAUACUUCCAUAGCGAUUAUACUUAUGCCAGUGGAGCCAGGCUUAGAUUUGGACUGUCGGGAAAUUCAUCAAAUGAUCAGAGAGUUGGCUGUGGGCAUUUAUUGUCUGAACCAAAUCCCUUCUAUCAGUCUAGAUGCCAAUUAUGAUCAGAGCACUUCCUGUUCACUCCCUCCGGGAUAUUUUGAUACAAGAAUAGGACAAAUAUUAAUCGCGGUUGACUAUAUGUUGAAAGCCCUGUGGCAUGGAGUAUACAUGCCCAAGGAAAAAAGGGUACGAUUCUCUGAACUCUGGCGCUCUAGCAUGGAUAUUGAUCAAGACGGGGUUCCCCAAACAUUAAAAACGCCUGCUGCAGAGUUCUGUCAAGCUGGUCUAAUAGAUAUUACAAAAGAACCAGAAUUCCGAGGAAUCUAUGAUGAAAACAUGAAUGAAGAUCCAACUUACAAUCCUAACAGCAUAGAAGAAAAAAUGUUCUUUAUGCAGUUUGCAGACCAUAUAAUACUUAAGCUGACAUUUGCCACUACAAAGAUUCAACAGUAUGAAGACGUGUUCCUGUUUGAUGCAGCGUACAACCUCACCAAUGCAAUUAGAAUGACUGAGGACCACCUCGAUGCUUUUUCAUACCAGAGACUACAGCAGAGGCUCACCCUUCAGCUCAAACUUGUGAAAAAGCAUCUAGAAAAAAAAGAAGACAUUCAAAAGAACAUAGCAUACAUGAAGCUGAUAUGCUUUCUCAUCCCAUUUAUCAUUAAUUUAAAGAGAAAAAAUAAAGUUCCAAAUUUAAGCCGGCUUCUUCAGCCCUAUUCAGAUGACAAAGUUAAAACCGAACGUGAAUUACCCCCAUUUAUGCUAGGAACAGAUUUCAAAUGCCAACAUUUUUUGUAUGCCCAGAAUCAGUAUUUCCAUCUCCAUGGUGGCAUUGAAUUUGAUGUUGGGACGCCUUCAGUUGAAGAAGUUUCCAAAGAGGUUAAGGCUGCCUAUGAUGAAAUGCACACCUGUGCAAUAAAUCAUCUUACUCAACUGCUGGACCCAGAUGCCCCCUACAGAGAACAUUAUUCGAUACCAGUAAUGGAUUUUGAUGGCAAAAGAUAUUACGUAAUUGGCAUUGAGCUUGAAGCUUUUUAUAUGCUUUUUAAGAGUCAGUGGUGGGGAGCUAUCAAUGAAAUAAUAAGCAUCCUUAAACCAAAAAGGCUUCCAUUAACUGACAUGCAAGCAAUGGAUCAAUUCAAGAAAAGAUUUGGCUAUAAGAAAGCUAUUAAAUGUAAGAGCCUGUCUUUUGGCAUGAAAUCUGCUGCUGAUAGAGGACUGGCUGCCAUCUUCCUUACCUUCUGCCGCAGGACCUCCAUCAACAGUCUUGCUAUUACAGAUGACAAUGGUUAUGCAUAUAUCCAUCAUGCCGCUAUUUACAACCGUGUGGCAAUUAUAGCUCAGGUGGUUAAAUUGCAUCUAACUAUUAAUCAAAAGCGUUCUAUUCCAGUGAGCCAAGCGUGGGGACCCACAGCUUUGCACCUAGCAGCCCAGUGCAGCUCCCUUGAAGCGCUCCAUUUCCUUCUGGCUUUAAGAGCAGAUUACCAAAUACCCGAUGAUCGAGGAUGGUUGCCUAUCCAUUUUGCUGCCUAUUAUGACAACGUGGCCUGCAUCACAGUCCUCUACCGAAAAAACACAGAGCUAAUAGAGGCUGAAACUCAAUCUCUAUAUCAUUCCACACCACUUUUGCUUGCAGCUGUAUCUGGAGCACUAGAUAGUAUGAAGUAUUUGUUUUCUCUUAAAGCCAACUGGCUAAAAAAAGACGGUGAAGGAAAUAACAUAAUACAUUUGGCUGCACUGAACUUCCAUACAGAAGUUUUAAAGCAUCUAAUUGAGUUGAAUAGCCCUGAUCUCCCAGUUUGGAAAACUCUUGUUGGCAUGCUGAAUUGCGAAUCCUAUAUUAGGAAAAGAAUGGCAAUACGGUGUUUAGAAGUACUUUGUCUUGCCAAAGGUGAUUACUGGAAAUGUAUAUUGCAGGCAGGUACCAUACCCUCAUUAAUCAGCUUGUUGAAGAGCGAAGACGUCAAAUUGGAGUGCAUCACUCUGGGAGUGCUGAGUAACAUCUCCACCCAUGACUCAAUUGUCAGAGCCUUUGUAGAAGCUGGAGGCAUUCCCGUGUUAAUUAAGCUCUUGACUGUGGAAGAACCUGAAUUGCUGUCUCGUUGUGCAGUGUUUUUAUAUGAUAUUGCCCAGCUGGAUAAUAAUCAAGUCAUCAUCGCUGAACUGGGUGGAAUUCCUGCUCUCAUCGAUCUAUUGGAAUAUGACUUACAAAAUCUGCUUGUGAAUGUAAUGAGCUGUAUCCGAGUAUUAUGCAAAAAUAAUAAAGAGAAUCAGCUGAAAGUGAAAGAAAUGAUAGGCAUUGAACCACUUGUCCAGUUCUUACGUUCAGAUUCAGAUGUCCUGGUGGCAGUGGCCUCAGCAGUAAUUGCAGAAAUUUCUCGUGGGAAUAUGGAAAUGCAGAAUGCUAUCGUGGCGGCAAAUGUUAUUGAUCCUCUAAUUCAGCUUCUCAGAGGAAGGAAAAUCAGUGUCCAGGUUAAAGGAGCAAUGGCAAUUGAGGCCCUCUGUGAAGGGAACACUCUUAUCCAGAUGAAAUUUCUAUCCAGAUCUGUGACCAAGUUCCUUCUGAAGCUCCUAAAGGCCUUUCACUUGAAGGUGAAGGAACAAGGGGCUGUAACCCUCUGGGCCCUAGCUGGACAAACCCUGAAGCAGCAGAAAUUCAUGGCAGAACAGAUUGGGUACAAUUUAAUUAUAGACAUGCUUCUAUCACCGUCUGACAAAAUGCAGUGUGUUGGAGGAGAAGCUGUCAUAGCUCUUAGCAAGGACAGUGAAAUUCACCAGAACCAAAUAUGCGAAGGGAAUGGAAUUGCCCCUUUGGUCCGGCUGUUAAGAAGUGGAAGGAUAGCAGAAGGCACCCUCCUCAGUGUGAUCAAAGCCUUAGGCACAAUGUGUGUCGGUGAAGCUCAUAUAAGCAAUCCACUUAGUCAAGAGAAUGUAGUGGAUGAAGGGGCUUUGCCGAUACUUGUUCAUUUACUUAAAACUCAUCCAUCCCUUCAGAUAAAGGUUGAAGUUGCAUUUUCCUUGGCUUGUAUUGUUUUAAAGAAUAGCAGUCUGCAAACUGUAUUACAAGAGAAAGAAGGUUUUUGUUAUUUGGAUGUCCUUAAGCUUUUUUAUGCACCAGAUAAGGAUAUCCGUUUACGAGCAGGAUAUGCUAUUGCAAUUUUUGCUUACAAUAAUCCUACACAACAGAUACUGAUUUUAGAGUCUGGACCCAUAUCAAUCCACGUAUUUGAACCACUUCUGGGCUCGGAUGUAGAGACAGAUAGAGCAAUGGCUGCGUUUCAGAUUGUAAUAUUAGCAAAAAUUAUAAUUAAUAUGGAUCAAGUUAGUUUAUCUGCAAGAGGAAUUUCUAUCUUGGUUGACCUACUAUGUUCAGAAAAAUCAACCACACUAGUGUUAACAGGAAAAUUAAUAGCUAGCUUGGCCCACACAAGGGCAGGCAUUCCAGAAGCAAUCACAAGCUUGGGAACUGUCCAACGUCUUUGUUAUCAUUUAUAUGCAAAGGAAGAGGAGGUUCGUUCAGCUGUGGCAUGUGCUCUUGGCUAUCUAACAUUUAAUCGGACUGCAUAUCGCCAUCUGUUGGUGCAAUGUAGGAAUAAGCCCAAGUUGUUCAAGAGGCUAAUAAUAAAUCUCAGCAAAGAUGCAAAAAUAAAUUCGGAUUUCGUAAAGGAAUUUAAGAGACAAAAAAAAGUUGGGCUCCCAUCUCUCAGCCUGGAGAUAAACGGAGGGCCACCUGCUGUCCCUGUACACAUACGAGAAAAAUUUCGAGGUACUGGUGUUAAAGUAUACAAAGGAAAGUUUCGUCCGAAGGAUUCUCUCUUUUUAAUUCCCCCAACUUCGUAUAUAAUGGGAAGAUUAAAAACUCCGGAGAAACCCCGCAUUCCAGCAUCUGGACACUAUCAAUUUCCACACACAACAACAUCUGACCUCAUUCAGGUUUCAAGACCAAGAAUUGUUAAUGUCGAGGCACUCAAACAUAGUUUGUCCGAAGAGAAAUUUUAA